AUGGGCAACGACGGUGGAUCCAUUCCCAAACGGCGUGAACUCGUCAAAGAAGCCGCAAAGGCCCUAACAACUGCACAAAUCAAAGAGGCGCAAACCGAACAACAAGAAUACGCCUGGUCCACCGACCCUCUUACCCGCAAACCGCUCGCCCGCCCCGUGGUAUCCGACGCAGCCGGCAUCCUCUAUAACAAAGACUCCAUCAUCGAGUACCUCCUCAAAGACGACAGCGAUGUCGAAAAAGCUGAGAUGAAGAAGAUUGGGGGCGUCAAGGACUCCGAGCUAGGCACUUUUGGCGACAGAGUCAAGGGCCUCAAAGACGUCGUCGAAAUCAAAUUUGAAAUCGACACUGCAGCGGAAUCUGGCGCGGGCGAAAAGUGGAAGUGCCCGAUUACCGGGGAGCGACUGGGCGCGGGAAGUAAAGCCGUGUAUAUAGUACCUUGUGGCCACGCUUUUGCAGGCAGCGUUAUGAAGGAGAUUUCAGAGAAGACGUGUUUGACUUGCAACGAGCCCUACGCCGAAAACGACGUCGUACCCAUCCUUCCCACCGCCCCAACCGACAUUGCGCGCCUGAACCUACGCUUGAAAACGCUGCGGGAAAAAGGACUUACGCAUGCGCUGAAGAAAGCCCCAGGUAGCAAAAAGAAGCGCAAACACGCUUCUGCCGCCGACGACGACACUCAAGCCACCACCACCACCACCACCACCACCACCAGCGCCCCUACGAAACCCUCCUCUUCCUCCGACGAAGAUAAAAAGACCAAACCCAAAGAAAACGGUACUACGGCGAAGGCUGUUUCAGCGAAGAGUGAUGGAAUUAAGAAUAGUGCUACAGCUUCGCUGACAAGAAAAGUGCUGCAAGAGCAGGAAGAAAGGAACAAGCGGCGCAAGAUGGCGCAGAAUGAGAAUGUGAAUAGUUUGUUUAGUAAAAAGGAGCAUAAGGCUGCGGCGGGGAAUAGUGCGGAUUUCAUGACGAGGGGGUUUAGUAUUGGGAAGAAGUGA